CCUUCCGUGCUGUGACGUUACACUGCCCUCGUCGUUGUUGUGGGACAUCAGCUAAAGCUAAAGCUACCGGGGCGCAAAUUGCUGCCCAUACUUUCUUAUCAUUUGCAGUUGUGGAGUCGCAAUUUUGCAGAUCAUUCUGUUUAACUUUUUGAGUUUGAGCGUUUCUUAAAUCAAAGAUACAAAAAACAAGUCCACCGAAGUUGCCAUUUCUCCGCUUCCGGAGAAAAACUGAGCCAUGUAUAAUGGGAUCGGCUUGACCACACCGCGGGGAAGCGGCACCAAUGGCUACGUUCAGCGCAACCUGUCCACCCUGCGUGUCAAACGACCGCGGGAUGAACGUGGUGGUGAGCGUGACGAAAAGGACCGAGAGAGACUGGAAAGCCAGCUCAACAGGCAGCCCAACGCUGACAUCCUGGAACACCAGCGCAAGAGGCAACUGGAGGUCAAGUGUGCCGAGCUGCAGGACAUGAUGGAGGAGCAAGGGUAUUCUGCGGAGGAGAUCGAAGAGAAGGUGAACAGUUUCCGUAUGAUGCUGCAGGAAAAGGAGGAACCAGCUCCCGACGCCACAGAGAGACCCACGGCGACAGAGACUCAUGCCCUGGCCGCAGCAAACCAACAGAAGAACGACCGCCUCCGCGCCGCCUUUGGAAUCUCCAGUGACUAUGUGGACGGUUCAUCCUUUCACGCCGACCGCAAGGAGAAAGAGAAGGAGAGGAGAGAGCAGGAGCGUCUGGAGAGGGAGAAGCUGCAGCAGCAGAAAUACACGUUGGUGGAAGAUUCAGAAGACUCAGAUUCUCCUCCAAAGAAGAGAAGUCGGAAGAAGAAGAAGAAAAACAAGAAAAGAGACAGCAGCUCAGAGAGUCCAUCCUCGUCUCCUCGCAGAGACAAGAAAAAAUCCAAGAAGAGGACGAAGAAACGGGAGUCAUCAGAAGACAGUGAAGACCACAGUUCCUCCAGUGAGAAGCAGAAGAUUUCCAAGAGGAACAAAAAGAGUGACAGCUCCAAACGUCAGAAAACAAAAGCUGCUCGACACCGCAGUGUCUCCUCCAACUCCUCCCACAGCCGAUCUCCUGCAGGAGCCAGGUCCCAGCAGCAACCGCAGAGUGUGAGAGGUGCAGAUGAUGAGCCGAGGAGGAGAUCAGCAGAGAGGAAGAGGCGCGGCAGUGACAAGCAUCUCCCCCAACAGCAGGGAGGAGAAAAGAGGGGCUCUUAUCUGGAGGGAGGGAGAGAACAGAAGGGCGAGGCACAGAAGACCACCAGGAGGAGACAUGACUCCUCGUCUCCUUCUCCAGAACCACAGAUGGAUAAAGGCCAGAACAGAGAGAGGGGGAGAAGAUCCAGGAGCAGAGAGAUGCAGAAAGGAAAGCAUUCAAGGAGCCAAGAAAGGGAGAUGGAGCAAGGAAGGAUUUCAAGGAGCAGAGAGAUGGAGAAAAGCAGGCGAUCAAGUGGAGAAUACGAGCAGGACAAGGAAAAGGGGAAAGGAAGGAAGGAAAAAGACAAGAAUGAACUGUACAAAAAGGGGAGAAACGCCUCCUCUUCUCCAAAUGACAAGGAGAAAAAAAGGGGAGAGCGAGGCAGAGAGGGGGAACGGAAAAAAGACAAACAAAAACUGGACAAGGAGAGACGUGACUCCACAUCUUCUCCUUCUCCACCCAGACUGGAGACAGGUAAGGACCGAGGACGAGACACCGAGCGGGACUUGUACAAAAAGAAGAGACACGACUCCAUGUCUCCUGAGAAAGACAAAAUCAAGACAGAUGGAGGACGAGACGGUCACCAUGAGAAACUGUACCAAAAGAGGAGACAUGACUCGUCUUCACCUUCACCUCCUCCUCCUCCUCCUCCUCCUCCUCCCCCUCCCCCUAAACCAGAGAUGAGAAGAGGCAGAGAAACCGGGCAGGAAAGAGACAAGAAUAGACUAGACAAAAAGGCGAGACAUGACUCCUCGUUUACUUCAACUUCUCCCGAAAAGAACAACCUCAGGAGGGAGCGCAGCAGAGAUAAGGAGCAGAGGGCUGAGAAAAGUCCAUUCACAAAUGUGGACAACGAAAAAGACAGAAAAGAAAGAGAGAGGAGACCAGAUGGACGGGAUGGAAAAGGUGUCAAGAGAGAAGAGACUGAGACAAGGAGAGACGGUGGUAAGGAGAGGUCCGGACGCCCGAGCAGACUGGCAGGAGAGGAUAGAGAGGGCGAUGAAGGAAGCAGCAGGAAAAGGGAGGAUGCUCGCCAACUGGAGGAAGAGAGGGACAGAGAGAGGAAGAGGAUGAUGAAGAAAGACGAUGAUAAGAAGAAGAAACAGGCUGAAGAAAAGACAAAGAGCAGCAGCAGUGACAGUAGCACUUCCUCAUCGUCUUCCUCCUCCUCCUCCUCAUCAUCAUCCUCCUCAUCCUCGUCCUCUGAGGAUGAAGAUGAGGGCACAAAGGCUGAGACAAAGGGCAAAUCUUUGAGAAGUGCACCAUCCGCGGUCGGUGCAGCGACGCAACGAUACUUGUCAAACGGUCGUGUAGAGAACUCCGCCUCCACUUCUGAGGCCAAAGAGUCCAGAAGUCCACAGACCGACAGACGACAGAGACCACCUCAGAGACCUCCUGGAGGUCCCACCCUGUCCGACGGCAAACCUCAGCAGAGAUACAGCCCCGCAAAGGACAACACCAGUCCUUCUGUCGCCCCGCACAACAGAGGCAGCAGCAGAGCUGAGGAGGUAACGGAGAGGAGCAGGACAAAACCUGGACAGAGCAGCAGGGGGGGUGACAGACCCAGCUCCUCCAGCAGGAGGUCAAGGUCCCCCUCCCAAAAAGCCACCACACCACCUCGACGCACACCACCAAGGCAGUACCAGGAGGUUCCGUCCCGCAGGAGAACCUCUCCCCCUCUGCCGGCCCAUUCAGACAACGUGAGGCAGAGAGAAAGAGAACCUGACAAUGUUCUCAGACGCAGCAGGACCAAAAGCCCCAGGCGCCGGAGCAGCAGGUCCCUCUCUAGAGGCAUGAGGAGGCGCAGCAGGUCCAGAACCCCGAGGAGGCGCAGCGGGUCCAGAAGCCUAAGGAGAUACGGCAGGUCCAAAAGCCCGAGGAGGCGCAGCAGGUCCAGAGGUAGAAACCAAAGGAGACUCAGCAGGUCCAGGUCAAGGAGUCAGAGAAGACGGAGCAGAUCCAGGUCUACAGGACCAAGAAGACAAAGCCCCCACAGCAGGUCCCGUAGGAUUCCGUCUCCACAGGUGCGACGGAGAAGUAGUCGCUCCAUCUCCAGAGGGAAAGGAGUUGAAAGAAAAGCUGAGCUGAGUGGACAGAAGGAGGCAGAACCAGAGAAAGACAGAGGGAACAAAAAAGAUGUACCCCAGCCUCAGAGGUCCUCCUCCUCUUCCUCCUCCUCUUCAUCUUCCUCCAGCUCCUCCUCUUCAUCUUCACCAUCUCCCGUUCGCCAAAGUAAAGACACUAAAACCAUUUCACAUAAAGAUGUGAAGAGGGAUCAAGAAAAAAAACCCCUCCCUGCCUCUCCUACUAAAGACUCCUCCCACACUCUGCCCUCUGGUGGACGAGCCUCCACGCCCGAGUCCAGGCGCCCCACCUCUAGACGAUCCCCAGCUUGCAGCCAAUCAGACACCAGAAUGCAGCCGCCGGGUCCAACCAGGAAGCAGUCGCCAGUGUCAGCAGCUCCUCGACCCUCCGACCAAAUGCUCCAGAAUGGGAAUGCCGUGAAUGGCAAGGAGGAAAACAAGAAGGGCAAAAGAAGCAGCAGCACCAGCUCCUCGUCCUCUUCAUCCUCCUCCUCCUCUUCUUCUUCGUCUUCAUCUUCAUCUUCCUCCUCUGAGAGUUCUGACUCCGAAGUUGAGCAAGCACCGAGUCAGAGCAGAACCAAGGGUCGGAGCAGCGCUUCAUCCUCCUCGUCUGAGGACGAAAAGAAAGGACAGGACAAAAGUCCGGCCAGGCCUCAGCGGGUACCGGCCGAUUCACUCAGAGACUCCCGUUCGCUCAGUUACUCUCCACCCAGACACGUGAGAACGGCAGCGCCGGCGUCACCGAGCCGCAGGAGUGGCAGUCGGCAGUCACCGAGUCGCUCGUCCAACAGCAGACGGAGGAAAUAAAGAGUCUUCUGCCCCGAGGCAGUGGCGACUUGAUGCCUGAAGAGGGCUCUGUAACUGCUCAUGCAAACUGAAUUU